AUGGGCGUAGAGAACUCUAAGAUGAAUCUUAUAAGAAGAGGUAUAUCUCUUUUAACCAGAGGAAUUAAGGAGCAAUGCACUCAAAUAUCAGCCAUACCACAGUUAUAUGCACCAGUUGUACAGAAUGCUUCAACAACUCCACUAGGUCUGGUGACUAGAGCGAUGGCCUCACUGGCACAGAUGCACAGGACCGGACCCCACAUCAAGAACAGGAAGUCGAGGAAUCCACUCAAUGGAAACCCUUUUGCUAAGGGCGUGGUCCUAAAGACGCUGAUCAGGAAACCCAAGAAGCCCAACUCGGCGAACCGCAAGUGCGUGUUGGUCCGACUGUCAAAUGGCCGCGAGAUGGUCGCGUACGUGCCCGGCAUCGGGCACAACUUACAGGAGCACAAUAUUGUUCUCGUGCGAGUCGGCAGAGUAAAGGACUGUCCCGGAGUGAAACUGAAAUGCGUGCGCGGCAAAUACGACCUUUCACACGUCGUAAAGCAGAAAGUCUAA